GCCCUGCCUGCCACGCCUAAAUACUCUUCUUGCCGCCACCUUCGCCGCCUCAGCUGCCACUCUUGCUCUUCAUCCUCCGUCCCGACAACGCGCGCGCGCCGCGCCCUGCUGCUCCCUGAGCCCGCAAAACCAAUCCAUCGCCGCCUCGUCCCCCCUUCUCGACUACCACCAUGCCUUUGUGCGGCGGAACGAAAUCGGUGCAGCGCAAGCUGGUACUUUUAGGUGAUGGCGCAUGCGGCAAGACCUCAUUAUUGAACGUUUUUACACGAGGAUAUUUCCCAACAGUAUACGAGCCCACGGUAUUCGAAAACUAUGUACACGACAUCUACAUUGACAACACACACGUCGAGCUCAGCUUGUGGGAUACCGCCGGACAAGAAGAAUUCGACAGGCUACGAUCGCUUAGCUAUGACGACACGCAUGCAAUUAUGCUCUGCUUCUCAGUCGACUCCCCAGAUUCGCUUGAGAACGUAGAGACAAAAUGGGUUGGCGAAAUAGCAGAGAAUUGCCCGGGUGUCAAGCUUGUCCUUGUUGCGCUCAAGUGUGAUCUACGCAAAAAAGAGGAUGAUGAUGCCGACGAACAGCAGCCCGAAAAGCCAUGCAUUGACUACAACGAGGGUCUGCGCGUGGCAGAAAAGAUUAAGGCUUUGCGAUAUCUCGAAUGUUCUGCUAUGAAGAACAGGGGUGUUAACGAGGCCUUUACCGAAGCCGCUCGUGUAGCGCUCCAGGUCAAGACCAGCAAAGACAAGAGCGGAGGAUGCACCAUCCUCUAGUUGAUAUCCUUUGCUCUAUUACCCCGGUUGGACAACUGAACGGAUU